GACCCUCCUAGGAGAUAGGACACUAGUGUAGGGGUAGCGUUAGAUGGGUGAGGAGGACCAUAUGAGAAGGGGGCUGACGCUCCGGUUCGAGAGGAGAGUGGUGGCGGCCUCUUCGGAGGUCGACUUGGAGACUACCAAGGGUCAGGGUGCAGAGGAGGGAACCGCAGGCAGCGUAGGCACGCAAGGCACUCCGCAAAAGAGGAGGGGAGAUCGUGCUGACGAGUUGGCCGACUCUUCGAAGAAAUUGAAGAGCAGGGCCCCGAGGACUGCAGGGGAGAAAUGCAAGGGGACCGAGGGAGAGCAGGGCCGACAAGAUACCAAACGUCCGGGUUCAAAACAGAAGCAGCCUGCGUCUGGACCAUCUUCUCCACCGACGCCAAGGCCUCCCAUUGACGUCGACACCGAGAACUUCCUCGAGUACAAAGACGAUAUUAGGACAAAGCGGGAGUUCGACAUUAGCCCUGCGCAGGUCGUCGACCUCGGGGAGUGCGAGGAUCUGUACAACCAGCGGUCCCUGGAUCCCGUCCUCGUUGAAGGUAUCAAAGAAGCGAUGCGGUUGGCGUUCGAGAACAAAGAGCAGUCGUAUGAGUUGCCAACCCUGAAGCUGGCAACGCCGGGGCUGCAGAAACCGACUCCCGUGGUCGAGGCACAACGCCUGAGGCCGGAGGAAUGGAGGGAUGAGCUGGUGGGGCAGUACUACUACUACGAGGCAAAGGAGAAAGAGGAGGGCGACUGGUUCGUGCAAGUGCCUGAGCCGGACACACAUUGUUGGAAAGCGAUGGAGCCACUAACCGACAACGAGAAGUAUUGUGUCCUGAAGAAGGUGCUCGCUUGCGAGGUGGUUUGGGCCCAGGCCGGCUCCCCGGCGUUAGCGAAGCUGGGAAAGUUGAGCGUGCAGGAGAUGGUGCAUUUGGUGAAGUGCGACCGCGUGCUAGUACGUUUGUGGAACUACUACCAGUUCAAGCACGAGAAGAGGCCGGAUGCGGAUUGGAUCCAGCGGUACCCGUUCCUGAAAACAAGGUCUGCAAUUUUCAAGCAGUUGGAGAGUCGUGGAUUGGAUGCUGAGUUGUGGGACGGCAACAGGAAAUACGUCACUGACUCCUCGCUGUUCAAGGAGUGCCCGCCUUACAUGGGUUGCGACGACGACACCUCGAUUGAGGCGACAGAGAAGUUGGCCGGUCACAGGAAGUUGUCCGUGGACUGGAGGAACAAGGUUCUAUCCGUGUUGACUGGCAGCAGACUGAAAAGUCGCGAGAUCGCACUUGCCGAAGGCAUUGUGCACAUAAAAUGGAAAGACACGGGCGACGUGACAUCCAUCGCGCCCUUCGGCAACGACCCCUUGGAGGCGGAAAUCAGGAGUGCGGAGGUGAAGGAGGCAGUGGCUGCCACAAAGAGCCACAUGUUCGUCCUCGAUCUCUGCGAACCGGGUCGUCAAGGAGACACGGGGUCGAGGAACAACAAGACGAACAUGUGGUUCAAGUUGAGUGAGAGGAAGCGGAACAAGAUAUACGACUUCUUGUUCCUGCAAACGCGGCCGAAGAAGGACACCGACGCCGAGUACGUGCGCCGCAUGGACCACGUGUUCACGGUGCUCGACAACUACCACGAUGCCUCCCGCAUGAACGCGAAGACAUUCCUCGAAAGGUUGCAGUCGCUGUACUUCGUGGAGUCAGAGGAGGAGUUGACGUUCGGCAGUUACACGUCCUUGAUCUCCACAGAAGACGAGGAGAUCACCGACAUCGAAUUCGACACGAACGCGAACGAGGAGGACAACGACACUGAGAGCCUGGACCUGCGGUACUACCACCUCCUGCGCAGCACGCCCCAGGGUCGUCGUUGGCAGAUCUGGGAGUCGUCUGACGGAUUCGGGCUGAUGUACGGAGAACAUCGCAUGGAAGAUGACGACGAUGAUGAGACGACAAUGGAGAUGGAGACACAGGUGGUCAGCAACCUUUCGACAGAACGUGAUGAUUAUGAGGUCCAAGCAUUGACGUAUGUUGUCGAUCUCCAACACCGGUUCAACGAGGCUCCUGUUGUUGUGAGCCUGUCUAAACCGAGUGGCCGUAUAAACGUCGACGACCACCACGUGUCCGCGCAGCUGUCCACGACGCUUGAUGUCGACGAUCCUCUCAACAUCAAACCUGCCGCGGCAUCUGCCAUCGCUUUCUCGCUGCUGAAAUCUAGGGUCGACACUCAAGCUCUUGACGUGCUGGCCUUGCCCGCUACAACUUCACCGACGAAGGAGCGGAGGGACAAAUCGGCUGGUAAGCUGUGAGAAACACCACUCUGUCUGUGCGCCUAGGCUUCCAAGAGCAAGAGUGCGGCUUCCUUCGUA